UCAGAUAAACAAUGAUCAGCUGGAGCUGUGCAGGAGGGGGAGCCAAUCGGCGGACAGACCUGUUCUCUGCUCCGCCCCCUCCGCGCACGCGCACGCUCUCCCUGUACUGCUGCUGUCCGGUAAUCCUCCAGUGUCUCUGCUGUCAUCAUGGCGGAAAUUAAGACUGGAAUCUUCGCUAAAAACGUGCAGAAGCGUCUCAACCGCGCGCAGGAGAAGGUUCUUCAGAAGCUGGGAAAAGCAGACGAAACCAAGGAUGAGCAGUUUGAGCAGGUGGUUCUGAACUUCAAGAGACAGGAGUCUGAAGGCGGACGCUUACAGAGGGAGAUGAAGGCCUACAUGUCGGCAAUCAAAGGGAUGCAGCAGGCCUCCAUCAACCUGACUCAGUCACUGCAUGAGGUCUACGAGCCGGACUGGCAUGGAAAAGAUGACAUUGUGACCAUCGGAAAGGACUGUGAUGCAUUGUGGGAAGACUUUCAUAACAAACUGGUGGAUUCCACGCUGCUGAACCUGGACGCAUACCUGCUGCAGUUUCCAGACCUUAAGAUGCGCGUGGCCAAAAGGAGUCGGAAACUCAUCGACUAUGACAGCGCUCGCCAUCAUUUAGAAACUCUGCAGGCAGCUGGGAUGAAAAACGACAGGAAGAUGAUUAAGGCAGAAGAAGAGCUGAAAAAGGCACAGAAAGUGUUUGAUGAGCUGGACGUUGGUCUGCAGGAUGAGCUGCCAACUCUUUGGGAUUGCCGAGUGGACUUCUACAUCAGCACCUUCAAAAUUGUGACCAGUCUCGAGGCCAAGUUUCAUCGUGAGAUCUCACAGGUGUGUAAGGAGCUGUAUGAGGUCAUGACCAAGCUGAGAGAACAACACUCAGACAAAAUAUUCACCAUCCAAGGAGCCCCGAGUGAUUCUGGACCGCUGCGUCUUGCCAGAACUCCAUCACCACCAGAAGAUGAGAGUCCUCCUGAAAGUCCUGAAGCUGGUUCCAACCACAUGCUCCGCCCUGUUUCUCCAGGCCCACCACGGCCCAAAUCCCCCAUCCAGCUUAAAAAGGGUCCACCAGUCCCUCCUCCACCUAAAGUCACACCCACCAAGGAGGUGGCAGAGGACCAGAUCAUCGACCUGUUUGGUGGAGAGUUCCUCCCUGCUCCGUCUCCAUCACUGCCCAACGAACGACCAGGAGAAUCUCUCCUGGAUCUGGACUUCGAUGCAUUCCAGCCAGAUGACAGCGUUUCACCGAUACCUCAGACCGCGGUACCCUGGGACGUGUGGUCGGAGGAAGCCCAAACUGCGCAGCAUCAGGCUGCUGGUGCCGGAUUCGUUGCUGACUGGUCGGCAGAUUUUGGUUCAUUAGCAACAAAUGGAGAUGCUGUUGCUACCCAAGGUGCUCCAGCUGAAGGCCUGGAAGGGGAGCUGGGCAGCCCUCAGGUUGGGGCUCAGGGCUGGCAGCCAGGUGGAGACACAACUACAUCUACGCAGAGCAGUUAUCCCAAAGCAGUGGAAGAUGAGGAUGCUUCUGCUCCAUCAUUUUUUGCUGAUUUUGACCAGAUGAAAAAAGGCAAAAGUGAAACGACAGAACCUCCCGUUACAUCAGAAACACAAGCUGCUGAUGGAGAAGACCCACCUCCAUCAAGUCCUGCUGCAGAAGACGAGUGGCGGGGUCCUGCUGCUGCUGCUGCUGAGGCCGUUGUGACUCCAUCUGUGGACGGAGAAGUAACAGGAACUCGAGCUGCACCUGCUGGUGAGAAAGAGGAACAGCAAGCUCCUUCUGCUGAAGAACACAAAGCCUCAGAUGAGUUACAAGAUCAAACACCUUCUCCCACAAAUGGAAGUCCAUGCUCUAAGGAGCCCGAGACUGCUGAGAUUGCUCCUGCUGAUGAGACAACUUCUUCAACUGAAGCAACUUCAUUGGAGAAGAUGCCGAUCCCCUCUGUGGUUAUUGAACCUGCCUCCAGUAACGAAGGUGAUGAUGACCAUGACGCUGACAUCAUCUCACCUACGAUAAUAGGUGGUAACGUUGUGACAGGUGAGCAUGCCAGCAUCACACACAUGAGUGCUUCUGGAGGAGCUUCAGGACUUCCUGCUGACUUUCUUUAUAAGGUGGAGACCAUGCAUGAUUUUGAGGCUGCUAAUUCAGAUGAGUUGGACCUGAAGAGAGGAGAUGUGGUUCUGGUUGUUCCUACAGCCUCACUGGAGGAUCAGGAUGCCGGCUGGCUCACUGGGAUUAAAGAGAGGGAGUGGAUAACACUCGGCACCGGGGCUCAGAGAGGACUGUUCCCUGAAAACUUUAUCCAGCGUUUGGAGUAACGACACCUGUCCAUGAAAUAAGGAACAAGUGACUAAAUUCUGUAAUCAGGUUGUCUAGUCAGCAUGUAGCUAAGUGAACCCAUGAGAGAAAGCUCCCACAGCGGUGUGAUGCUGCAGAGUCAGAACCAGUCCUUAGGACGUCCCCAGACUUGACUCUUAUUUCUAAGCAUGAUGUAAACGUGUGUUUCACCCUCUCUGCUAACUACAUGUUUCAGUGUUAAAAUAGUCACGUGAAAAUAUGAAGAUAGAUGUUAGAAAGAAGUCUGGAUGGUUUAGAAGCUGUUGUAAAGAUUGUUCCAACGAACUGGUGCCGUUCUCUGAAAGUGCUUCUCAGUGUGAAUGAAAACUGUUUAUUGGUUCUCACCAUCGUCAUGAUUAGGUUCUAAUAUUUAAUACUUUUCUGUGUCAUUGAUCUAAGUGUGUGUGGUCAUCAGUGUUUCAUUUGUAGACAUUAUUCUGUCUGGAUUUAUGAAGAAAUUGGUGCAAAGCAGGCAGAAAAUGUGAAUUUUACUUUGAAAAAUGAAAAAAGUCUGACAUUUUUCAAAGAAAAAAAUGUGAACUAAGCAAAUAAAAAAGCAUCUGCACCA